GUUCAUCAGUACUCCAGCAGGGGGUGGUACUUUAACAUUUUGGAUAUUGACCGACUGACAUUGAGUCAAACGAAGAAGAACUGGAACCGAAGAAGAAGAGAGUGAAACGGGAAUAACGGCCUGACGCAGUUAGUUGGUGUGUGUAUGAAUUAGGAUAAACCGUGAAGUAAUGGUUAACUGUAACGGACUUUGGAUGCUGCCGUCCACGCCGGUGUACAAGGUCUGUGUUUUGAAUGCUGAUUCGAGUAUCUGUCAGUAGUGAAGUGUCGCCGCUGCGCGCUGUUAGCUAAAAAUCACUGUGAUUUUAUUUCGUUAAAUGCAACGGCCACCGCGCGCCACUUCUCCAUAAGCUCCCCCGACGAACAUGAGCUCCGUUUUUACCACCAAACCGUGUUGUGCAUUUUAAUCUAACUGUUGAGUUAAAAUCAUGGCGAACGACUUUGUAAAGAAUUUUGUACAGAUGUGUAAUUAUCUCCAGGACCCGCGCCAUGUAGCGAGGUUUCAAAAUGUUUGCGGCGUUAAAGGGACAUUUCCGGUUAAAGCGACGGACAGCGGAGAGUCGGAGCCGGACUGUCCCGGACUGAGGAAGAGGGGGCAGCAAGGGGGACCGAGCUCGGACGUCAGUGUCGGGAAUGGAUCCGCCGGAGAUGCGCAGGUUAACGGGAUGCAGGGUGACAUUACCGCCGGGCCUGAUGGUCCAUCAGCAGCUGCUGACGACGACUCAGACCCCGUCAGAGCGAAACCCCUCCGGAGGAACUCCCUGACUGGAGAUGUGGGUCAGGAGUUCCUGAUCCACAACAAGUUUCUCUUCUACCUGUUCACGUUUGGGACUGAGCUGGGCAACGAGAUGUUCUUCAUCGUCUUCUUCCCCUUCCUCUUCUGGAACAUCGACGCCCUGGUGAGCCGGAGACUGAUCGUGGUCUGGGCCUGGAACCUGUUCGUGGGACAGUCCACUAAGGACAUGGUCCGCUGGUCCCGACCGGCCUCCCCUCCUGUGGUGAAGGUGGAGGUCUUCUACAACUCCGAGUACAGCAUGCCGUCCACACACGCCAUGACGGGGACAGCCAUACCCUUCUGUCUCUUCAUGCUGACAUAUGGACGCUGGCAGUACCCUUUCCUCUUUGGCUUUUGCGUGGCUCUCAGCUGGAGUGUCCUCGUCUGUGUCAGCAGAGUCUACAUGGGGAUGCAUUCUAUUCUGGAGGUAAUCACUGGCUUCCUGUACAGCCUUCUUAUACUAGCAUUUUUCCAUCCAAUUUUGGACAAGAUCGACAGCUUCUACAUGAUGGACCACUUUGCUCCACUUGUGAUUAUCGUGUCACAUGUGAGCCUCGGACUCGUGGCUUUCUCUCUGGAUUCAUGGAGCACCUCUCGGGGUGACACAGCUCAGGCUCUGGGCACCGGGGUAGGAGCUGCUAUCGCUACCCAUGUGAACUAUCAGCUGGGGCUGCUGCUGGAUCCGCCGCUGUCCUCACUUCCUCUAACUUUACCACCAAUGAGCAUUGGUUUGGUGGUUCGCUCCCUGCUGCGCUUCGCCAUCGGAGUCGCUGUCAUCCUUGUCACGAGAAUGGGCAUGAAGGCAGUAACUAUCCCGUUCUUAUGUCGACUGUUCGGGCUGCCUUCAGAUGAUGUAAGGCAGGCGAGGCAGCACAUGAAAGUAGAGCUGCCGUACCGUUACAUUGUCUACAGUGUUGUUGGCUUUAGUUGUGUCUGUGUGGUGCCUGUCCUCUUUAGGAUCUUAAACCUUGCCUGAGUGUUGUGUGCAAUCUGUCAUUUACUGCUGACAUGUUCACCUGCAUGGUGACGGCAAAGAGCACUUGGAAACAUGCUGCUUGUUUUGAAGGUUCUGUUUCUUCACAACAGAAACUCAUUUAAAGGAUAUAUGUGGUGGUGUUCUGUAUGUUUUGUAUUGGCAAUAUUCCCUCUGUGCCAUAGAGCUCCAUUUUUGUCCAAAUAAUAUUUAAAAGACAUCAGUGAGACACAGCGUUGUACUGGGUGACAUGUUCCUUCAUUGUGAUGAACAUGGGCUUUGUAGUUUAUGCUCAGUUGAUCCCAUAUACGCCAUUCUCACACUGUAAAUGCACUGUAUGUGUAUCAGUCUGCAGCUGGAAAAGUUAAUUUAGUCUUUUUUUUAAUGAUUUUUCUGGCGUUUUUGCCUUUGUUUUAUUAAUAGGACAGCUGAUAGACAAGAUUUGUGGGUCCUUUCCAGAAAAGAAAGUAUAUAGUUGUGACCCAUUUUUGAGAAUUUACGUCUUCAGUAGGAACCUGGAGACACAGGCUGGAGGAGGGAAAGUAUUUAGAAACACAAAAAAACAGUGGUUCUCAAACUUUUUACACCAUGUAGCGCCUUAGAAAAUAUUAGGCUCUCCAAGAACAACUACUAUGACCGACGUUAAAAUACAGUAAUGUAGGCAUGCACUAUUCGGUCAUGGAGAGUUCACAAUGGAGGCAGCUUAAUUCCUGAUCAUUGUUGACUGUCAGCUGCAAUCAUGCUGUGCAAAGGGAACUUGCACUUCAACUCUUCCUCAAAUCUUGACAAGGAAACAUUCAAUCUCUCAUACUUAAUGCAGGUUUCCCCGUGCAGCAAAUCGAUAUUGUCCCAUUCUGUAGAGGGCAUUAUAUUGUUAUAUCGAAAAACCCAUUUCUACAGCAUGGUUUUCCAUUCUCUCCUCCAAUCCAUAAAGUUAGUGAGUGUCAGAUUUGCACAGAAAGGCUUAAACUAUGAAGAGAACAUUUAUUUCUAUAAAGGUUGUUCAGUGGUAUCAUACUCAAAAAAAAGUUUUACUUCGCAGGCAUAAAAUUAUCUGGAUCUUUUGCAUCCAUAAUGCAACUCCAUCAGAGACUUCCCGUGCACACUCCGUUACCUCGAAUGGGUAUAAAAUGAGUCAGUCGUGCAGCUCAGAUCUGAGAAAUGUUGUUGUAUCAAUUGGGUCAUUUUGCAGCAUUGUGACAUAAAAAAAACUAUCCACUGAUUUACAGACUUCCUUUCCCAAUGUACAUCUAUGAGAUGUACAUUUUUUUUUUUUUUGCCAAAGGUGUCACAUGAUGCACCCGGAAGUUGUAAUUCCACGGUUUGGCCACUGUGUCAAAUUGGCUUCAAAGCCCAGUGCUGUUUGUGGGGGCUUGGCAAAAAUCCACCUGCACAAGACCCCCGCUAAGGGGUGUGCCUGAUGGCGUGACGUCACUUUAGCCAUUUGGACAUUUGCGUCCCUUUUAGGUCGUCAAGCAUAAAUUAAGCUUUUAGGAGCCACUAACACUUGUGCUUGGUAGAUUGUUAUCCGCUUCAGUUCUCUUUCGGAUCAGGGUUUUCACGGAUCCUCUAAGUCUUAAAAGGCAUUCAGUUAAUUCAUCUAAAAAUACAGCCUUAAUUUCCAUUAAAAUUUCUUAAGUCUAACUUUCAAAUAUGAAGGAUGUAGGAUA